UAUAGAUGAUAACAAUAAUUUAUUCGAAUGUGGAACACAUGUUGUUGGUGUUCCAAAGUUGUAUCUCGGGUCGUUGAACAAUACUAUCUCUUAUAAAUGUUUUUGUUUUAUUGUUUUUUCGUGUAGUCAAUACAUUUUUAUCGAUUAAUUGGAUACACACGGAGAGUGUGUAUUAGCUGCACGCUACAAUCAACGUUCACAUCGUGUCACCAAACAUUGCGAUACUACAUCAACCAUUCCGUGACGAAUUAGAAUACUGCUCUCUGUUAAAAUUAUGGCAUCCUGGUUAUUUGGAGCUUCUAAACUAAAGACUGAUCCUAUUGAGGAAACAAAAGACACUCAGCCUGUUCCAACUGCUGAUCUAGAACCUAGACCUGCUGAAAAUUUACCAACAAUGCCUAACACACCCUACAGCUUACAACCAAACGUAUCAAAACUUUCUGAUCAAGAUGUUAAACCGACUAGUAUGCUAGAUAGCAUACCAUUUGUAUUGUCCAGCAAAAUUAAUAUGAAUACUAAUAAUUAUACAAAUAAUUUAGAAGAUACAAAAAGAUGUUUGUUAUCUGUAAAAAAAAUUCUUGAAUCUGAUAUGUACAAUUAUGAUUUUUCUAAUGAUAGAAGACUGGUGAACAACUCUACAACGUAUGUUCCUUAAAAGGUCACAGUAUAUAAUAUACUUGGAAUCAAUUACUUUGUAAGAAAAAAUAAAAUUUAUUGCGAUAUA